UGAUAAUGGAAAAUUUGUCUGGGCUGUGUGAGGAUAGCAGAAUUGGGGCAGAGGAGUAAUAAGACGCAUCAUAGCUUCCCUGGAGGUUUCAUUUUCUCAGAAGAGGACUCCAUCCUGAAAACAGGAGCACCUCUUCUCCUUGGGGUGCUGCACUUGGGGAGUGUGGACCCUGAGAUCCUGGAGGUCUUCGGUAGCUCGCGCACUGGCAGUGCGCAAAGCCCCCACCUCGGGCCCAACUCCCAGAGCACUGCUCUCUUCUGGCUCCGCAGCCCUGCAUUCAAUAGAUUGCCUUGAGAACAGCAGCUGCCCACGAAGGCACUGACCACGAAGUGACAUUUGGCGUUUUUCAUCUCCUCUCUCUGCACCGAGAUGGGGGAGGCAGGCGGUGGAGAGGGCGACGGGGUCGAGGGCUCGGAGCAGACUCAGAGGGCAGCGGUACGCUGCAACGCUUUGCACCCCGGGAUCGCGCUCUGCACCCCGCCAGCUCCCCAGCCUGCCCCGCCGGCCGGCGCCUGUGCCAGCUCCGCAGCUGCCCGCCCGCUCGCUCGCCGGGCUCCGGCUCCGAGCUGCUCCCCCGGGCCCCGGCUCGCUCGUCAGUGGGCAGCGUCAGCAUCACGCCACACGGCUCCUCCGCCCGGCGACCACCGCCUGACGGCCGGUCGCUCUCCGCGCUCCGCUGGGGCCAAUGGGCGGCCGGGGAAGGUUUUGGUUACAAAUGAAAAUAGAAUAAAUAAGUCAUACUACUGCACUCAGGAGUCUGGGCGAAACAUCUUCAUGGCCUCGUAA